CUCGAUCUUUAACAUAUUUAAUGAAGGCUAAUUUUAUAAUCUUGUUUAUUUUGAUAUUACUUUACACUGCUGAUAUCUCUUGUCAAUUAUUAAAUAAUGUCUCUCAAGUAAUAGAUCAUAUCACUUCAGAUAAGAACCAUGCAACAAAUUCUGAUCAGUCAAAGUCCAGUGUUAAUAGUACUCCUUCACCACUCCCUCCAACCUCUCCUCAAUCUCCCCCUGCUUCAAAUGAGCCAAAGAAUCCAGCGACAGCUGCUCCAGAGCCCACUACAUCGCCUGCUCCACCACCACCGUCUCCGUCUAACCCACCAUCUCCCACAACUAACAAGAAGGACCCACCUUCGCCUGAUGCUACGACCACUAAAAAAUCUUCAGAAACUCAUUCUGCUGAGCCUCCUAAAGCAUCCGAAGACAAGAACAUUCCAGGAUCUCCUGGUGCUAUAAACACUAUGACUGCUACUUCAAGUCCCCAAGCUACUCCUGGCGAAACAAAAGCAAACAAGGGCAAGAGCAGCAUGACUGCCUCAGCAGCAGACGAUGACAUGUCUUCUUCAACUGGAAAACCAACGAGCGCACCUACCUCUCUUGUGCCCAAACUGGGAGCAUCGACAGAUGGUGACGAUAAUAACAAGACAGGGCCUAUAGUAGGUGGUAUCCUUGGCAGUAUAAUGGGUUUAGCUCUUAUCAGCGGUAUCUUUACAUGGAUCAAUAGACGUGGAGGGUGUACCAGAAAGAGUAGGUCAAAACCUGAAUUUGAGGAUUAUGGACUAGCUGAUACAGAUUUUCCUCACAAUCAUACACCUGCCAUGCAGAAUAUGGCCUCCACACCAAACGUUGUCUCGCCUACAAUCCCAAAGUUGAAUGAGCAAGGAAACUUUUAUACAAAUGAGGAUCAGCAAUAUAUGGCACCUUAUCAAAUGUCUGAGCCGUAUCCAGGUUCUCCAGAACAUCAACCAUAUUACUAUCAAGGCCAGCAGCAGCCAUUACAUGAUGGAGUAUACUAUAAUGAAAAUGGUUAUUAUUAUGAGAGUACCAGCCCUCAUCAACCUCAAGUCGUAGCUGCUGAUUACUACCCAAUUCAACAACAACAACAACAACAGUAUUAUCCUCAGACAGAUCAAUAUUAUACAAAUGUAAAUUAUUAUAAACCAGAUCAGGUUACUGAUAAUACACAUCAUGCGUAAAUAAAAAGAUGGUUUAUUUUUUAUGUCUAUUACUGCUAUUAUCCUAAAGAGAGAAAGGAGAGUACGGAGCUGAGGAUAGAUAGAUAUUUAAGGAGAAAAAGGGAGAUGAUACAUAUAUAUGUAUAUAUUUGAAGAGAGAAAGAAAGAAAGAAAGA